CAUGAUGCAGAGCGGUUUAGUGGGUAUGACAUAAUCCGAACUCAUCCUGUCACUCGGGAGCAGAGACAUCUGACAUUUUUUAUUUUUCUGCAGCUGCUCCACACGGCGAAAUUUCACACGAAGAGUUCUACAAACACAUUGGGUCCGAUGAGAUGGAAAACACAAGGAUGAAGCAGCUUCUCGUGUGGUGCGGUCGAAGGGCAUUGGACAGUCUCGGGGAUGCACCACCGGUACCACCGCCGUCGCAAGGGAGUAGCGGCGGUGUGGACCAGAGUGCACGUCAUAUCGCACGGGUGAUAGCUGAAAGUGUGGUCAAGGAGAUCUCGACCAACGGAGCGUUGUCGACAUGGUUCACACGGGCAAACUCACCGGCUUCUGCAGCGAUCAAGAAACCCAACCCGAAGAACGAGGAGAACCAGACAAAAGAGAAGGAGCUUCUAGCCCAGUUAGAGUCACUCGAUACCGAAUGCAGCACCUGGAAAGCGCUUCGCGCACUCGACAAGCCGGACUUCCCCUUGCUACCAGCAGAAGGCGAUGACGAUCACACGGCGUUACUUCGCCCCGCGGAGCGUGCUUUUGCCGAAGCACGUCGAAGCGGGGACGAUGUCAUCGCCGCAGCAAAACGCCUCGUAAAACAGCAAACCACAGACAUCGAAUUCGAUAUGGAUCGGUUCGCGGACAGCGUGCACCGCCUUCAGAUUUACGGCGAUGCGGCUGAUCGAUUAGCGGGUCAGGUUCUCGUCGGAGCUGGCGAGGCGGUUAGAAGGAACGACGCGAUUGUAAAGAAGACGGUCGGAACCGAUGGUUUACCCUUACAAGAAGUGCUACGGUCCAUAUCGAACACCUCUCACCACCACCUCCACGCUGCAUCGUGAUGUCACCCCGCAUGGAAUCGAGUCGGUCACAGGGUCACCAAGGAGAAGGAUUGGGGAUCUGGGAAAGUUUAUCGGAAGCGGGCGUGGUUAUCUCGUCUUGGGUCGCCGGGGUCGGGAGGGGAGGCUGGGACUUGCUUUGGAGGAUUUUUGCUUUUUUGAAAUUCAACCUGGCUACUUGACUUGCGCAUGCUGCUUCUUCUUUUUUUAUUUGCUUUCUCGGGUGAAAUUUGCGGGUUUUUUUUUUCUUGCUUCUUUCCUUUUCCUUUCGAUUGGGGCGUACUCUAUACUUGUAUUUUCGUGUCGUCGCGGUGUUUUAUUUUUCCUCCGCUUUUGCUUUUGCUUUUUUUGUGCUGGAGGGUUACAAUUAUGCCGUGUCGUGGUGUGUGUGUGUAUGUGUGUGUGUGCUUGCACGAUGCUUCCCAAUCCCCCGCCCGCCGCCCGCCCGCUGUGGGAAUGAACGCACGG